GUGGCUGCGGCUGGCUCCUCGGGGUCGCUGUUCCGCUGCCCUGAGCGGGCUCGAGGCCCGGGAGCACGGACCCUCGGGAAGAGGCCUCCCGCCCACCCUGCGCAGAGGCACGGCUGAGUGUAGGCGGGGCAGCGGAGGGAGUCGGCUGAGCGCUGGGGACCCUCCCUGGUCGUCCACCUCGCACGGCCCGGGUUCCUGCAGAGCGUUCCAUGAUGGCGGCGGAGGCGCGAGCGGACCCGGCACUGGCGCCGGUGACCUUCAAGGACGUCAUUGUGACCUUCACCCAGGAGGAGUGGGAAUUCCUGAACCUGGCUCAGAGGGCCCUGUACCGGAAGGUGACUCUGGAUACGUGCAGGCUCCUGGUGUCCCUGGGGUGUCCUGUUCCUAAACCAGAACUGCCCUACCUGCUGGAUCCUGGGAAGAAGCUGUGGACAGUGAAGAGACGCCUUUCCCAAAGCACUUCCUCAGGUGACAGAGGAAGAACCAAGACCACAGAUCCUGCUGCUUCUCAGUCAGGCUCCUCUGAGGGAUGCUUACCCCGCAGGUCGCUGUUUCAGGAAGGCUCCGGUGUUUCCAUUUUGGGGAAAGCCAGGAAACCAGGAGGACCAUCAGAAAAGCUGAGAGGGCACCUGAGGACAGGGACAGUUCCCCAGAAGAAAACCCUCCUUGGAAAGAUGAACCCUGAAUGUGGUGAUUUGGGAAUGGGUGACAGUCUCUGCUCAAAAGAUUUACAGGAUCGAGUCUCUACAGGAGAUGUUCCCCAUGAGGGUGAAUCAUGUGGAUCAAGGGAAGACCCAUUGUUUCAUAGAGGGAAGAAUUCCUACACAUGCAAGGAAUGUGGGAAAGGGUUUGUGAAGAAUCGCUUCUUUCUUCGACAUCAGCAGACUCACGCUGGAGUGAAACACUAUACAUGCAAAACGUGUGGGAAGACCUUUCUCAAGAAAGUAGACCUCGUCGAACACCGCAGCAUUCACAUUCGGGAGAAACUCUAUGAGUGCAUCAAGUGUGGAAAAGCCUUCAGGCGCAAAUCACACCUCACGGAGCACCAGCGGAUUCACAGUGGAGAGAAGCCCUUUGGGUGCACUGAGUGUGGGAAAGCCUUCAUCCGCAAAUCGCAUCUCACGGAGCACAAACGGAGUCACAGUGGAGAGAAGCCUUAUGUGUGCAGUGAAUGUGGAAAGGCCUUCGCCCACCAGUCUGAUUUUAUUCGGCAUCAGAGAACCCACACUGGAGAAAAACCCUUUGAGUGCAAAGAAUGUGGGAAAGCCUUUGGUGACAGCUCUUCUGUAACUCGACAUAUGAGGUGUCACUCCAGGGAGAAGCCCUAUGAGUGCAGUGAGUGUGGAAAGACCUACAGCUACAGCUCAACCCUCAGCACCCAUCAGAAGGUUCACAGUGGGGUGAAGGCCUACAAGUGUAAGAGAUGCGGUAAGGCCUUUUACAAGAAGGAAGGCCUCAGGCAACAUCAGAGGACUCAUACUGGGGACACACCUUUUUAAAGGAACUACUGUGAGGGGGCGAGGGUGUAGCUCAGUGGUAGAGUGCAUGCUUAGCAUGCACAAGGUCAUGGGUUCAAGCCCUGGUACCUCCAGUAAAAUAAAUAAACCUAAUUACCCUCCCCCAUGAAAAAAAGAAAGAAAGAAAGAAAAAAUAAAGUAACUACUAUGGCAGAUCAUUUGGCCAGAGGAAAAAUCUUCCUUGGCAUCUGAGAGUUCGUGCCCAAGAGAAACUGUGGUGUCCCUCACACGCACAGUUCUUGCUGUUGCUGUAGUGUAAACUUUACUUGUAGCUGAGCCCGGGCACUGCAGAAAUUGAGGGCCAGUGUGUCUCAAAACAUGUCUCAUCAGAAUUUUCCAUGGCCUUCUUUCUCUGACCCAGGAGCAGCCAUGGUCCUGCCCAGAUUGGAUGAGUUUAGGUGGGAAGGUACGUAGAGCAGUGAGGAGACUUGCACCAAUUCGCGCACUUUUCUCAGCGGUGCUCCUUACCGUUGGCCAUAACUCAGGGCAGCUCGGGCCUUUUGGGUUCUUGGUUUCCUCCCCUGUAAACUGGGAGAUCAAAUAACCAUUGGAACCCUCGUUUCCAUUAUUUGUAAAGCAAUUCUGUUGACCAACCCACCUCACCAGGUGGUUGUACAGGUUAUAGGAUAGUAUUGUAAAGUGCCUGUCAUGGUGUUGGGUACGUGGACAUGGUUAAGAGUUAGCUCCUGUUACUCAUAUGUUACCCCCUUGUACCAUCCUGUUCUUUCCUCACCAGCAGAUGUGCUGAUGGGAUUUUUCUGGUGUCAAUAUACUGGAGGUCCUGAAGGCAUCUCAGUAGAUUUUAGUUCUUAAGAAGCUUGCUCGUGGGUCUGAUGACAUUCAGCAUAAGGUCUUGGUUCCUCAUCAGCCAAAGCCGGACAUUCUUCUCUGCUCCUUGGUUUGUUUUUUUUCCCCCCACUAGUGGAGAUAGAGUGGCUGAAGAUGUCAUGGUAUAUUGUGCUUUGAAUGGAAAUUCAAAACCUCUUGAAAAUCCUUUGUGAAGGGAAUUUUGAGCCAUUAGAAAGUACUGACUGCUAAUUUAAUUUAUGUCAUAUUUGUUUAAUGUAAUAGUUGAUGUGUGUAUUUGGGUUUAAAUAUGUCAUUUCUGGAUUUCUUUGCCUCACCUGUUCUACCCCACCUUUUCAAAAACUUUCUAUUAAUUACUUACAGGUGUUCUAGUUUGGAAAGCAUAUACUUUAAUUCUGUCUGUUAUUGUUUAAGAUUUACAAGCACUUGUUUAAAGCAGUAGAGCACAGAGUUAUACUUUUUCUUUUUCCCAAGCUAUAAAAGGGACUUAGAAAAUUAACCAGUAUAUCCUAUCUCAGUAUAUGUGGUGAGACUUCACGUGUCAAUGCCACCAUUCUAACUCCACAAGGAAAUGGUAUUCAUGUUUAAUACAAAUCACGAGCAGUUGUAUCCAUCCAGUGUAUUCCCCUCUUGUACCCUCAUUGUUUCUAUCAUUGCAGAUCUUUCAUCAGGGAUCAGUUUUCAAAUCCUUAAACAGAAACUUUAGGAGUUCAUAUUAUGUGUGUUAAUAUCCCAUUAAAUUUCCC